GCAGGCAGGCGGCAGCAGCAGCAGCAUCCUCAUCCUGACUGAGUCGCGCACGGCGGCAGGCAGGCAGAUCCCGGCUCCGAUGGCUGGCCGCGGGUGGAAGGGCCGGGAGGAGCCGCGGCGGCAGCAGCAGCAGCAGCAGCAGCGCCCCAGGGGUGGCGGCGGGGCCCGCAGCUCCGACAGAGCAUGCCAGCAAGGGCCGGCUCCUGCCCGUGGUAGGCCAGACCGCCCUCGAGGAGGAGGACUGCUACCGCCCGAGCCCAGAGGGCGCCCAGCGGCUUCGGUGCCUCGUCUCCACCUUCAGCCAGGGCAGAAGAGGCAGGUUGGGUCAGGGAGGGUUGUCCUGCAGGAUGGUGGUGGGUCAGCCGAGGACGGAGCGAAGAGAAGCCCAUGGGAAGGGCGGAGCAGGCCGGCGGGGAAGAGGACUCUGGGGCCAGGGGGCCACGGGGCACUCCCCUCCGGCCAGACUCCCCGCUGCCGAAGCCACCCAGAAGAGGCAGGGCACUCCCCGCACCACGCGCAGCAUCCACCCCGGGGGAUCGGGUUCAAGUUCCUGGAGGAUCUGCUCCAGAAAGACGCCUCGGAGGUGGCCAUCACGCUUGCCUGCAGCACGGGCCUGAAGGAGGUGCUCUCCCAAACCGCCAUGCGGCCACACUUCCUCCAGCUGCUCUGCCAGGCCCUCCGGAAGGCCUGCUGCUCCCGCAUGGACCGGCAGAGCAUCCAGCAGCUCCUGGGGGCGGUGAAAGAGUCCAACUUCCUCAGGAUGUGCCUGCCCCAGUACGUGGUGGACAUGCAGACAGAGGCCACGCCGGCUGUGCGGCACCAGUACCCAGAGCACAUUGGCAACAUCCUGGCCCUGGUCCAGGAGCUGGUCAGCGUCUUCCCCGCCAGCUCCGUCCAGAAGGUGGCCAUGCUGAUGAGUGCCUUGCCCACGUCGGUCAAUGCCCUGAGAGCUUCUGGCGUGGCCUUCCCGGAGGAGGUGGAGAAGAGUCUGGCGGGAGCCCAGGCGUUCCUCCAGCACCUGCAGGAGAAGAAGCGGGAGGGGACCUUGCGGGUGGACAGUGGCACCCUGCUGGCUCCCAGCCGGGGGGGGGAGGGGGAGUACCGCACCCUCUCCAUCUUCCCCACCUACAAGGAGGUGCACGGCGACGAGAAGCUUCUCCUCCGCCCCAACAUCGUCUCCCAGCCCUACGAGAGCCCCGCUGCCUACCUGGACACGCACUUCCGGCUUCUGAGAGAGGACUUUGUCCGGCCUCUGAGGGAAGGUAUCCUGCAGCUCCUGCAGAGCUUUGAGGACACGGGCCUGAGGAAGAGGAGAUUUGACAAUGUCCACGUCUACUUUGAUGUCCGGAUCCUUGUCCCGCUCUGCUCGGCCACUGGCGUGGACUACCAGGUGCAGUUUGACCUCCGGCCCCUGAAGUCUGUCCGGUGGGAGAACUCCAAGCGCCUGCUCUACGGCUCUCUGGUCUGCAUGUCCAGAGACCACUUUGAGACCUUCCUCUUUGCCACCGUCUCCCAGCGGGACAGCCAGGAGCUGCGGAAGGGCUCCGUGUGCCUGUCUUUCGCCGAACGCAGCCGGCCCCUGCUGGCCGGAGUCCAGGCCUCGGACUCCUUCGUCAUGGUGGAGAGCACGGCCUACUUUGAGGCCUACCGGCACGUCCUUCAGAGGCUGCAGGAGAUCCAGGAAGACGACCUCCCUUUCCAGAGAUACAUCGUCCAGUGCGAGCCGCACGUGAGGGCGCCCGCUUACUUGGCGCAGGGGCCCGGCAGCACCUACGACCUCAGGUGCCUGAUGACUGCCGCGGGGGCAGAGAGCAGCCCUGGGGGCCUGGCGGGGCGCUCGGUCGACAUCCUGGACCCCCGCCAGUGGCCAUCCAGGGAAGCCCUGGGCUUGGACGAGUCUCAGCUGCAGGCCUUGCAGCUGGCACUCACCAAGGAGCUGGCCAUCAUCCAGGGGCCUCCAGGCACAGGGAAGACCUGCGUGGGCCUGAAGAUCGUGGAGGCCUUGAUGAGCAACCGAGCUGCCCAGGAGAAGUGCCCCACCCUCAUCGUCUGCUACACCAACCACGCCUUGGACCAGUUCUUGGAAGGAAUCUACAGCUUCCGGAAGAAGGGGACCGUGCGGGUGGGCAGCAGGAGCAGCAGCGAGUGCGUGAAGCAGUUCAACCUGCAGGAGCUUCGGCGCAGAGGGCUCGUUGCGGGGAGGCGGGGGCCACAGCGAGGUCAGCAGCCAAUGCGGGAGGCCCAGCAGCAGCUGGAAGCCUGCUCGGCCCUUCUGGAGAACAGCCAGCGUGGAAUCCUGCAUGAACGCCACCUGCGGGGUUUCAUGGCCCCUCGGCACUGGGACAGCCUCCGGCAAGCCUGGAAUCGGGAAUGGCUGGAUCCGAAGCGCUCCCUGGUCCUGGAGUGGCUGGGCCUUGGCGUCUCCCCCGUUGCCAGGGGCGCUGUGGAGCCCGAGGAGGGGGCGCAUGCGGCAGGUCAGGAGCUCUCGCCUUGCUGGGGGGCCUGUGUCUGGAGUGGCUUCCCGGGCCGGGGGGGCAGUUCCUGGAGGGGAAGGAGGGACUCUGGCCAGAGCGGGGCUGCAGGGCGGCCGCUGCUGGGGCCCCUGUUGGCCAGCAAAGCUCCUGCCCCUGUGCUGAGAGGUUGUGGCAGCCUUGGCAAGGGAGACCCCCGCCUAGGCGGGCGGGAUGAGGCUCCCCCUCCGGCACGUCCCCAGCCAAGCCCAGCCCUCUGCCUUCACCUGCCAGUCUUCUUCUUGGGUCCUGCAGGCCAGGAGGAGGAGGAGGAGGAGGAGGAGGAAGAGCAGGCUGGCCUGCUGCACAUCGCAGAGGAGGCGGACCUGAUCCAAGCGGAGCGGCUGCUGUACAGCGACGAACCAGGCGCUGCCUCUGCUCGGAGGAAGGACCGCAGAAGGGCUGCAGCAGCGGAGCUGGCGGAUCGGCUGCUGGCCAUGAAGCUGGAGGACCACCAGCAGCAGCAGGGCGUUCCGCAGAGCGCGGAGGAAGCGGGCUGGGAGGUCCAGCAAGGCCAGAAGAAGAAAAUGAAGCGGAAGGUGAAGGCGGAGCUGCACAAGCCACAUGCCCUGACCGAGGCGGAGGCGGAGGCGGUGCGCGACGUCUGGCAGCUGGACCUGAGCGCCCGCUGGCAGCUCUACAGGCACUGGCUGCAGAAGUACCAGGCUGAGAUCCGGCACAGGCUCCUGAACCACGGGGAGAGCUACCAGUCUGCUGCAGAGAGGCUGGCUGGACUGCAUCUCCAGCAGGACCUGCGCAUCCUCCAGACCGCCUGGAUCGUGGGGAUGACGACCACAGGAGCUGCCAGGUACCGCCAAGUCCUGCAGGAGGUGGCCCCUCGUGUGAUCAUUGUGGAGGAGGCAGCAGAAGUCCUGGAGGCUCACACGAUCACCACGCUGAGCAGCGCCUGCCAGCACCUCAUCCUCAUUGGGGACCAUCAGCAGCUGCGCCCCAGCGCCAACGUGUAUGACCUGGCCAAGAACUUCCACCUGGAGGUGUCCCUCUUUGAGAGGCUGGUGAACGUCGGCCUGCCGUUUGUCCGCCUCAAUUUCCAGCACCGAAUGCGGCCGGAGAUUGCCCAGCUCCUCACGCCACACAUCUAUCAGGAGCUGGAGAACCACCCUUCUGUGCUCCAGUACGAAAACAUUAAGGGCGUCUCGGCCAACCUCUUCUUCGUGGAGCACAGCUUCCCGGAGGAGCAGCUGCAAGAAGGGAGGAGCCACCAGAACCAGCACGAGGCCCGGUUUGUGGUGGCGCUGUGCAAGUACUUGCUGUGCCAGGAUUACCGGCCCUCGCAGAUCACCAUCCUCACCACGUACACCGGGCAGCUCUUCUGCCUGCGCAAACUCCUGCCAGCCCAGACGUUCCAGGGCGUGAAGGUCCACGUGGUGGACAAGUACCAGGGGGAGGAGAACGACAUCAUCCUGCUGUCCUUGGUGCGCAGCAACCUGGAGCAGCGCGUGGGCUUCCUGCAGAUCUCCAACCGCAUCUGCGUGGCCCUUUCCCGGGCCAAGCAGGGGCUCUUCUGCAUCGGCAACAUGGGCAUGCUGGGCAAGGUGCCGCUCUGGAGCAGGAUCAGCCACACGCUGCGGGCGCAGGGCCACAUCGGCUGCUCGCUGCUGCUCUCUUGCCAGAACCACCCCGGCACCCAGAAGGAGGUGGCCCGGGCCGCAGACUUCGACCGGGUCCCCGAAGGGGGCUGCAGCCGCCCGUGUGACAGCCGGCUGGACUGUGGCCACGUCUGCCCCCGGGCCUGCCACCCCUACGACCCGCAGCACAAGGCCUUCCAGUGCCUGAAGCCUUGCCCGAAGGAGCUCUGCCCGGAGGGGCACCGCUGCCCCCGCCUGUGCUGGGAGCCCUGCGGGAAGUGCCUCGUGAGGGUGCCCAAGGCCUUGCCCCGCUGCGGCCACCAGCAGCAAGUGCCCUGCUCCAUGCCCGUGGAGGAAUUCUGCUGCCAGGAGCCCUGCGGGAGCGCCCUGCCGUGCGGGCACCGCUGCGGGCAGCUCUGUGGCCAGGAGUGCACCCGGCGCUGCUCGGAAAUGGUGCCGGCCACUCUGCAGUGCGGCCACAGCCAGCUGGUGCCCUGCUCCGUGGCGGCAGAGGUGCGGGAUGGGCAGCCCGAGCCCUGCCGGGCCCAGUGCCCCGGCCUCCUGGAGUGUGGCCACCCCUGCCCCGGCUCCUGCGGCUCCUGCGCCAGCGGGCGCUUCCACCAGCCCUGCCGGCAGCCUUGCCAGCGCCUGCUGGUGUGCGCCCACCUGUGCCGGCAGCCGUGCGGCAGGGAGUGCCCCCCCUGCCAGGAGCCCUGCCAGAACCGCUGCCUCCACAGCCGCUGCCGCAAGGUGUGUGGCCUGCCCUGCGUGCCCUGCCGGGAGCCCUGCGAGUGGCGCUGCCAGCACUACCAGUGCAGCCAGCUGUGUGCGGAGCCCUGCGACCGGCCCCCCUGUGAGCAGCCCUGCCCCAAGCGCCUGCCCUGUGGGCACCCCUGCGCCGGGCUGUGUGGGGAGCCGUGCCCCCGGAAGUGCCUGGUGUGCCACCGCGAGGAGCUCACCCAGAUCUUCUUUGGCUUUGAGGAGGAGCCGGGGGCCCGCUUUGUGCAGCUGGAGGACUGCGGGCACAUCUUUGAGGCGCAGGGCCUGGACUGCUACAUGGAGGGAGGCGGCGAGGAGAGCGAGGCCAUCAAGCUGAAGGUCUGCCCCAGUUGCCAGACGCCCAUCCGGAGGAACCUGCGCUACGGCGCGCAGGUGAAGAGAAGCCUGGCCCAGAUCGAAGAGGUGAAGACGCGGCUGCUGGGGGCCCCGGCCGAGAUCGCAGCCGGCAUCCAGCGCCUGCUGGAGGAGAAGGCCGCUCUGCUGGGGCGCCUGCCGCCGCUCAGGAGGACGCUGGAGCCGCCUGCCCUCUCCGCCGGGAGCCGGGGCCUCGUCGAAACCCUGCUGAACUUCUACGGGCGGCUGGCUGAUCUGGCGGAGGCCGCAAGCCAGCUGGCGCCCAGCGAGCGGGAAGGAGCCAAGAAGCGGCUGGCGGAGGCCGCCGGGUGGCUGGAGAGGCCCCGACUCAGCUUCUCCCCGCAGGAGCUCUCCGACCUGCAGGGCGAGUUCCAGCGGCUGACCUGCCUCCUGCACCUGCUUGCCCUGCGCAAGGCCGCUGGGGGGCAGGCGGACCCCUCCGCCGCAGAGCUGCUCCGCACGGCCCAGCAGGUCUUGGAGCAGCCGGGGCCCUUCACUCGCGAGGACAAGAGGCAGGUGCAGGGGCAGCUGGAGGCCCUGGAGGCCGCCCUGCCCAAGGCCGCCGGGCUGGGCAUCUCCGACAAGGAGCGGCUGCAGAUCGUGGCUGCCGUCAAGGGCACCAGCCGCGGGCACUGGUUCAAGUGCCCCAACGGGCAUAUCUACGCCAUCGGGGAGUGUGGGGGGGCCAUGCAGAGAAGCCGCUGCCCCGACUGCCAGGAAGCCAUUGGCGGCUCUAACCACAGGCUGGAGCCCAGCAACCGGCUGGCCCCCGAGAUGGAUGGGGCAACUCACGCGGCCUGGUCGGAGGGCGCCAACAACCGGCUCAACCAGGCUGACCUGCGCCGCCGCCUCCUCCUCCAGUAAGGCCACUCCCUUGCCUGCAGCUCUAGCAGGUCUCCCCUGCCAGAAACGGCCUGCUUCUCCCUCCUCUGCCGUCUUGCGUGCCCCUUGUUCCCACAUGUAGCCUCCCUGCAGUGACUCCUGUUUGCCCUGGGCUGGCCGGAUGGCCUGCAGGCACUUGGGCCAGGGUGCGGGGGCAGCUUCCCUCCAGCCGGCUGCAUUUUUUAAUAGCAAAUAAAAUAUCCUUCUUGUAGCAAACCA